GCGCGGGCAGGGAAGUUCCGCCCCCGGGCCGGGCCGGGCGGGGUCGAUGCUGGUGCCGGUGCCGGUGCCGGGGCCAUGCGCGACGGGAACCGGCGGGGUCGGCCGCGGCGGGGCAGCGUGGCCCGGGGGGGCCAUGGGGGCCGUGGGGCCGCGGCUGCUGCUCGCCGCGGGGCUGCUGCUCGCCGCUGACACCGGGAGCUCUGCAGGUGACAGCUCACAGCAGCACAGGGAAGAAUUAGGACACUCCUGGUCUGUGACCCCGUGGGUCCUGCGGGAUAACCGGACACUCAGCUUGGCAGAAGCGACCCAGGGGGGGUUCCCCGCCCGUCUGAGAGUCCUGCUGGAGCUGGAGGGCAUGCAGCUGCUGCUGGAGCUGGAGCAAAACUGGGAGCUGGUGCAGGGCACUGGGGCGCUGCUCUAUUACCUGCCCGACGGCACACGGAUGAUCCAGGAGCCCAGCAAGCAGGAGCACUGCUGCUACCAGGGGACAGUGCAGGGCUUCUCUGGCUCCUGGGCCAACCUCUGUGCCUGCGCUGGACUCAGCGGCCGCCUCUGGCUGUCGGACACCAGGAGCUACGCACUGGAGCCGGACAGCAGCAGCCUCCCGGGGCAGCACUCGCGCCUUCGGGUGGAACGGCUGGAGCCGCAGAGCUGCGGGCAGGGCCCCCGCCCUGGGGCAGAGGCAACAGAGCCCCUCUGGCCGCAGAGGGGCAAGCGGGCAGCAGCAGAGCAGCACUUUGUGGAGCUGGUGAUGGUGGUGGACCACAGUGCGUUCAAGAAUUACCCCAGCCUACAGCGUGUUCACACCCGGACCCUGGAAAUUGCCAACCAGGUGGAUGUGUUCUUCCGCCCACUGGGAGUGCGGGUGGCCCUGCUGGCGGUGGAGGUCUGGAGCGAGGGCGACAAGAUCGCAGUGGGCAGCAGCGCCCGGGCCGUGCUGGAGCGGUUCCUGCGCUGGCGCCGGGAGGAGCUGCUGCCCCGGCUGCCCCACGACAAUGCCCAGCUCCUGACGGGUGCCCGUUUUGAUGACGUCUCAGUGGGGAUGUCCACUCAAGCCUCCAUGUGUUCCCCCACACGUUCCGGGGGGGUCAGCAUGGACCACUCCGUCAGUGUCCUGGUCAUGGCCUCCACCGUGGCCCAUCAGCUGGGGCACAACCUGGGCAUGCGCCACGACAGCACCGGGCGUCUCUGCGACUGCAGCGACCUCCGGCACGACCGCGGCUGCAUCAUGGCACCGCCGACGGGGUUGACACCCGGCUUGAGCUUCAGCAACUGCAGCCGGCAGGACCUGGAGCACAGCCUGCAGCAGGGCCAGGGCUGGUGCCUGUCCAACGUCCCUGAGCCCCAGCUCCUGACUGGGAGCCCCACCUGCGGGAACCACUUCGUAGAGCUGGGCGAGGAAUGCGACUGUGGCCUCAGCGUGGAGUGCACCGAUCCUUGCUGCAACAGCAGCUCCUGCCAGCUGAUGCCAGGGGCCACGUGUGCCACCGAGGACAGCUGCUGCCAGGACUGCCAGCUGCGCCGUGCUGGGCACAUGUGUCGAGAGCUGCUGGGCGAGUGCGACCUGCCCGAGUUCUGUGAUGGGGUCUCACCGCGCUGCCCCCCUGACACGUUCCUGCAGGACGGGCAGCCCUGUGCCAGUGGGCAGGCGCGCUGCUACAGCGGGGCCUGUGCCACCUACGAGGGGCAGUGCCAGCAGCUGCUGGGGCCAGGUGCCAGUCCUGUCUCCAGCUCCUGCAUGGCCGCCCUGAACACAAGAGGGGAUGAACAUGGGCACUGCGGGCAGCUUCCCAAUGGCUCCUAUGUCACUUGCACCCCACAGGACACCAGCUGUGGGAUGUUGCAGUGCCAGCGUGGCAGCACCCGUGGGAAGAGACCAGAAGGGUCCUGCCAGGGGACCCCCCUGCCCGGGGACGAGGAUGUGACUGAUGCGGCCAUGGUGCUGCCUGGCACCGCCUGUGGCCCCGGGAAGAUGUGCCUCCAGCACCAGUGCCAGGACGUCUCCACGCUGGGUGACCAGCAGUGCCAGAGCAAAUGCCACGGGCACGGGGUGUGCAACAACCAUGGGCACUGCCACUGUGAGCGGGGCUGGGCCCCCCCAGCCUGCGACAGCCCUGGCGUGGGGGGCAGCCAGGACAGCGGCCCUGCUGGCCUCGAGCGAGGGGGAAGCGCCCUGCCCACGGCCCUGCUGCUGAGCGCGCUGCUGGGGCUGGCGCUGGCGCUGGGGCUGUGCCGCGCGCGCCGCGCCGGCCUGCACAAGCACCUCUGCCAGCUUGGCAAGGGCACCUCCUGCCAGUACAGUGCUGAGACCCGGGUGCGGUUCCUGGGUCCCGGAGCCGCAGACGGCUGGAGCGGGAUCUCACAGCCAGAGCCCCAGUCGGGCACCAGCCAAGGUCCCCCUGCGCGUCCCCGGCCCCCGCAGUGGCGUCAGGCCACGGAGCUGCGGGUCAUGCAUGGCAGCAAGCCGGCUGCCCUCGGCUCAGCCCGGCCUGAUCCGCCCUCCCGGCCUCUCCCGCCGGACCCUGUGCCCAAGGCCCCCCCCUCGGACAGGCCACCCCCCCCCACACGCCCGCUGCCUGCGGACCCUGUGCUGCUGAGCGCUCAGCCCCCAGGUCCGGCCAAGCCCCCCCCACCACAGCGGCCGCUGCCCUCGGACCCCCCCGGCCCUUCGGUGCCCCGCAGCGAGAGUCCCCCCGGGCACCCCUAUGUCACCGUGAUUCCUGCCAGGCCCGCCCCGGCCCCGCCAGAGGCCUGAGCCGCGGGCAGGGAAUGCGCAGCGCUGGAUCCGCGGGGAAGGCCGCACCCCGCCGGGCCCCGCCGCCCGCUUUUUCUCCCGCCACGUCAAUAAAGGGGCUGUGAGCCGCCUC